CAUUUUUGUGCGACUGCUACUGGGUUGAGGGGUUCAGGUCGAGGUGGUUGAGGCCUCGAAUCACGGUGCCACGCCUGGAUGGAAGGUAAAGAGGUCGGAGACUAAGGACAAUACGCCACUCCUCUGCUCGUGGGGAAGGCGUUACGUUCUGCCGUAGGAGUCCCAAGUCUUCAGGCAGUAGGAGACAAUGCGUGAGGGCGGCUGUGGCGUGAUGCGCCUCCUGCAGCUCCUGGCUGUGGCUGCGGUGGUCGGGUCUGUCGUCGCUUCCUCUGAGGAACUGGAUGUGGAGGAUGUCUUGGAUCGGCUUGAAACGAUGGACCUAUCUGACCAAGAAGUGAAUGAUCUACUAGCGGAUGAAGACUUGGAGUCGCUACAGGACAAGCUAUAUGAACUGGACAAUAAAUCGAUCAUGUCCGAUUUGUCGCCUUUAGAGACACUUCUGCCUAACAUAAAGACUAAUAAGCCGAAGACUGUCGAGGAAUUGCUUCACGCUGGUAAACAAGUUUUGGACCACGGCCAAGUGGAGCUGACCAGGAGCCUCGCUAUGAAGGUCCACCGCUAUCAGAAGGCUGUGCACAAUGUGAGCUCUGUGGUGGUGACUGGCGCUCCUUUGGUGACCUUGACCCUGGAGGAUGACCCCACCCCUUCCUCUGACUGGAUGCUGCACGUGACCGCCCUACACCUUCACACCCACCUCACCACGACCUACCUGCUUCUCGGCAGCCUCAGGAGCAGGGAGCAGCGCGUGGUGGUCUGGUCCAGUCACGCUCGCACUUUGAGAACGCUGGGCAAGUUUCAACUCACGGACGUCAGCAUCGAUAGGGUGGACAGGACGGCGACUUACCUGCACGAGGGCUUCCUGUUCAUGGUGCUCGGGUCGUCGCGCUCGCGCUUGGUGAGCGUGGUGUGCAUUGAGCUGGCCAACCAUCGCGUCAUGCUACCUCACGUCAUCACCCAGCGCGGCGUGGUGGGCGCCCUCCAUCUGUUGAAGGCGGGAGACAACCUGUACCUGGUGGUCGGCGAGAGUCAUCACUACACGCCAAACGACGGCAAGGGGCGCUCAGAACUCUACAUGCUUGUAGGUGAUUUCUUUGACAAGCAAGAGGACGUCGUCUUCGAAGCCUCUGAUGUGAGGGACAUCACUAGCUUUGCGUCGCAAGGCAAUCACUACAUCGUCUUCGGAAUGGAAAAUUCGGAGGGUUCCAAGGUGUACACACUGCACACGAGGACCCACACGGUCAUCUCCCAUAUUGAGGAUCCGGGCGUGACCGUGAGCGUGGUGCAGCACCUCGAGGAGCGUCAUGUGCAGCGCGUGGCCCACUUCCGUGACCAGACUGACCUGAAGCACUUCGUGGUGGUACUGAGCCGCGUGUCUUCCUCCACUGUCUACUGGUGGAAUGAUCACCGGCUGGUUAGGUGGCAGACUCUGGACACGCCACAAGUCCCAGGUGUCAGCGGCUCCCUCGCUGUCCUGCCGCUGCCCAACUUCGAGCACCUGCUAUUCGCCUCUGCCGGGUCAAACAUCACCGUGUACACCUACCACACGACGGGUACUCACCAGCCUUCCUUCAUUGUGUCUACUACCUGCCAAAACGUCAGAGACUUGAGUGCCACCACAGUCGGGACGGAUCAUCUACUUGUAUACGUGUGUGAAGGUCCCGUGAACCGAAUGGAGGCCAGGCUGGUGCAUCUUGAGGCUCUGAUGGAGGGUCGCGAGGAGCAGCAACAGCAACAGCAACAGCAGAGUCAUUUGUCCACCUGUCUGGGUGACCUGCGGGCCGUGUUAGACGCCAGAAAGGACGACGUGGCAAUCCUGCAGCAGUUGGUGGACACGGACGCCCUCAUGACUGUUGAUCACGCACAGGUGUGGAGCGGACCUAUCAUUGUGCCCGAGGUCUGGGUGGAGCAGACUUCCACCCUGCAACACACGGUGAUCAUCCCGCCUGGUAGUGGCGCAGGCAACCAGAGCCUGAACGAGUACCAGGCCCUGGUGAACAGGCUGCAGGGCGAGGUGACAGACUUGCAGACGGGGCUGGGCUCCAUCCUGUACUACGCCGGCGCUCAGACUAUCACUAACCCCUCCUCAUCAGCCUCCCUCGUCGCCACACAAGCGCACUUCGACGUGGUCUCCAUCAGCAGUCUUCACGGCUUGCCCCUGAGCAACCUGGCACAGGGGGUACUGCUGGACGGCCCAGAUCAGACCAUCACGGGGCACUGGCAAGUCAGCCAGCUCACCACCCAGAGACUGACCACCCGCGGCCGCCAUCCACAAGGCAGACUGAACGGCGUGCUGACUGCAGACUUCAUGCGUCGCAGCGUCGCCGACCAGGUGGUGACGGGGCGACACGACUACCGCAGCAUGACCGCGGGACGAAUCUGUCACAGUCAAUGCGAGCAGGACCUCCCCAUUCUGGUGAACGGCGUCGAUACUUCCACCAUCGUGACGCGGGGCGCGCACGUCACCUUCACCGCCAGGAAGACCUUCAGCAGCGUAGUGGUGCGGGACGCCCUGGACAUCGCCACCGUGAACGGGGUGUCGCUGGCUCGGAUCUUGGACAACGUCGUGUUCACGGACGUGCGCGGAACACAGGUGCUAUCAGGGCGCCGCACCAUCCAGCGGCUCACCGUGGAGGGUAACCUGAACGUUGGCUCCGUGAACGGUGUCAAUGUGAUGGACUUGGCCAAGGUCGUGGUGAAGAAACGCAUGGACUACAGGAUGGCAGGCGCAGUAGUGUACAAGAGGAAUUUAGCCGUGCAAGGUUCCACGGAGGUGAGGAGUGUGAACGGCGUUCCUUGGGGAGAACUCUUGCCCCUCAACGCACCUGUCAGCGUCAGUGGCUUCUAUACCUUCACUAGGGCCACGGUAACUGCUGCGCUGCGCUCAGACAGGAUCAACGGCCUAGAUCUGAGCGAGGAGGCGGUGCUACUGGACCUGGACCAGAACAUAAGAGGUCGCAUCCAGUUCCUCGAGUCCGUGCGGGUGACGGGAGCCGCGGGUGUGCGUAUGGGUGAAGGCGUCACUGUGAACGGCAUAGACCCCUCCGAGGUGGCAGUUGGUGGCGCCGCGAGUGGCAGCAGCGGAGGAACGGUAGUAGUGGUGGUGGAGCAGGACAUGAAUGUAACUUCCAUGCAGGUGAACGGCAACGUGGUCAUUUCGUCUAUCAAUGGUGUGGAUCUGAAGGAGCUGGAGCGGCGUUUCUGGCGCAAGUCUGUAACGCAGGAGAUCGACGCUGCAGUGCACAUAAGGAAUGCGGUCUUCCUGGGCGGCGUGGAGGGCAGCACUCUGAACGGCCACGCGCUGACAGACUACCUAAGAGCAGACGUCAACCAGAGGAUCACGGGACGCUACAGGUUCGAGGGUUCGGCGGAGGUGCGCGGCAACCUGGUGGUGGCGCAGGGCAGGAGAUUGGCUGGCGUUGACGUGUCGACUCUACAUGCCCAAGUGGUAACGCUGGAUACCGCACAGACACUGGAGGAGGAAGUGGUGUUCUCUGGGCGGGUGACAGUGGUGGGUGACGUGGACGUGCAGGGUGACUUCCUGCAGGUGUUGUCUAGAGGUCUCCGGGUGGACGAAACCAUCCCCCAUACAGGUCACUUGAACUUUGCGGGCGGGGCGGUGGUUGGCACACUGCAAGUCACCGGGUCUGACAUGACGGUGGCGUCGCUCAAUGGCCUGGACGUGGCGGCAGCGGCGGCGGACCUGGUGCUGGUGGACCAGGACGCGACCAUCACAGGGGGAGUGCGCGUCUCCGGCAACGUGAACAUCCGUGAGCUCCGCGCGACAGGCCUCGUUGACGGCGUGGACGUGGGCCGCAUGAUGUCCCGCGCGCUACGCACUUCCUCCCGCACGCCGCAGGUGGUGUCAGCGGGACUCGUUGUGGAGGGAGACGUGCACUUCGCACGCGCCCCGACCCUUGCACGUGUCAACGGCGAGGAUUGGGCCACUCACCUUGGCAAUGUGGUGCAGGCUGGACAGAGGGAGCGCAUCGAGGGCAGGAAGCUGUUCGCGGGUGGCCUUCGUGUGGCGGGCAACUUGCAGGCCCGACGCAUCAACGGAGUGCAGCUCGGCGCCUUGGCCUCGCGUAUCCUCCGCAAGUCCUCCCAGCAAGUUAUCAGUGUCCCGUAUACCUUCACUGGCGAUGUGACUGCGGACGACUUAUCCGCUGGUGUAAUCGACGGCGUAAACAUGGACAAGGUGGUGCUGUUGGAGCAGGGCGGCGAACUGGCCGGCAGCGUCACCUUCACAGAAGACGUCACCUUCUUGGCGGGACUCACGGCGGACACCAACGUGCUGGACUCGUGUGACUUUGGCAAGCUUCAGUUGGGGCCCACGCUGGGCGGAAGCGGGGAGUCCGUGGUGGAGAUGCCUGUGGUGGAGAUAGACACGCUGGUGGUGGAGGGCAAGACCUUCCUCUCCUCCUCCGCCUCCAUCAUCGCCCACAACUUCGAUCUGCUUCAGUUCCUGAAUUCGUUGGUCCUUAAAUCCACGGACCAAGUAAUAACGGCCGACGUGAGGUUCCUCAAUGAUGUGCGAGUGGGAGAGAUGCGAGCUGCGGUAGUGGAUGGCGUGGACAUUGAGGCGUUGUUCCGGCAGGCGGUGCUCCGCGGCGACGACGUGGUAAUUGAAUGCGACCUUCACCUGAGUGAGGGACUGCAAGUGGGCAGGCUAGAGGUGAAGGCAGGUGUGGGUGGCGUGGACUCUGCUGGUGUGCUACUCAAUGGAGUGGACUUGUCAGAGGUGCAGAGGCGAGCCGUGCGACGCGAUGGGGGAACGUAUGUGCUGCAGGGACGCAAGGUGUUUACGGCGGGUCUGGCUACGCACCGCCUCAGAACGGCAACCCUGGCAGGCGUGGCGGUGCGUGACAUGGUGACUGUGGGCGCCGUCUCCAGCAGGCUUCCUGCCCACCUGGUGUUCAGGACGCCCCUCACUGUGCUGGGUGAUCUCUGGGUGUCAGGACUGGUGGAUGGAGUGGACUUGGCGCACCUCUUCACGGAGAGAGUGAGGCUGGACGUUCAUCAGACGCUCGCCGCCACCUACCACUUCGAAACGCUCAGAAUAGAAGGUGAUUUCACCAUCUCCAGCAUCAACAACGUGACCAUCGAUGACCUCGUCCUACGUAGCGGAGUGGCGAGGCAGGUAAUCAGCGGGCGCAAGGUGCUCAAGGGAGGCCUGCAGGUGAACGGAGUGCUUCAGGUGGGCUCCCUCAACGGUGUGGAUGUGACGGAGCUGAACAAGACGAUAGUGAGAGUGGAUGACGCCAGUGCUGUGAUCCGCGUCGACACGAUAUUCGAGGGCGAGGUGCGGUGUCUGGCGGGGACGGAGGUGCGCCAGACUGUGAACGGCCUUGACUUGUCAGAGUUGGCGCGGCGCGUGACCCAGAUCCAGCAGCGCUUGGCUCGGGAGAAGCAGCGGUUCAGGAGCAUCCUCAGCCAGUUCGGAUCAUUGAACGAGGACAACUACGUGAAAGCCAGAGAGCUGUACGCGGAGAUGGCAUCACUGGAGCGUGUCUUCCUAUCGCGAGAUACAAGCGCGUUCGGUCACUUGUGGGUAGGAUCCAUACCUGGCGUGGCAGAGGGACGCGUGCUUAAGAUAACAAAGUGCCACGUGUUGCAGUGUGGCUGUGAUAUUGAGUGCCACUACUUCAAGGUUGCCAACGACACCCGCCUGACGCCCAUCCAUCACCUAGGGAGGAGCGUGGCCAUCACAACACACCUGUUGCGGGAUGGUCGCUCCCUUCUGACCCUGCAUUCCCAGUGUGUAGGUGGGCGGGACAGACAAGUGAAGGUGAGCUUGCAGCACCACGCCGCCACCUCGGUGGUGCUGCAGGGUGUCCUCCUAGACUCUGCUGUAUUUGUUGCUGAUGGCGUGGACUACCUGGUGGCUGCUGUCUACAAGGACGACAGAAACAACGUGAACGGCUAUGAGGACAGCAGUGAAGUGGUGCGCAGCGAGGUGGUGGUGGUGCGUGUGGACUCCACCACUAACAGCCUGCACGUGGUGACCCGCUGGGCGACCAAGACCUUGGUAGUGUCCCUGGACGUGGCACAGGCUGGAGGAUCGUGGUUCCUGUUGUUGGCCAAUGGCUUCGGGGAUACCUCAGUGGACAGAUACGUCACGCCUUCAGAGAUCCUCCUCUGGGACUCCAACACCAGACGGUUCCACCACAAAGAGGAGCACAUGGGCAGCUACCUGUCGAGCGGGUCCUUCGUGCAGGUGAUGGGCGAGACCUUCAUGGUAUUGACGCAGUACAAGAGCAAGCCCCCUCAAAGCAGCCGCUUCGCCGCCUCCUGCGCCUCAAAGGUCCUGGUCUUCCGGUACAACAAAGCCACCGAGGACUUUGUGGAGUUCCAGUCAAUCGCCGCCUACGGUGUGGUAUCCCAAACAACGCUUCAGGUGGACCGCUCUCUGUACCUCAUCCUGGCGUCUCCUUCCGAUCACUGUGUCUACGUGUGUCUGUACAAGCAUUCAGAGGGCUUCAUUAUCAUCCACAAAGUGUUCCUGGUGGCGCCGCUGUCCGUGGUGGCGGUGACGGCGGGCGAGGACAUUUACCUGCUGGUGUCUACCCCGACGGGCGUGGCGCGCUACAAGGUGUUCGUGAAGGGCGUUGAUCCUGACACGCUUUUCUUGUAUUAGCUAGCCUACAUCUCCUGUAAAUAUUUAAAAUGAAGUGUUGCCGUUAC